AUGACUAUUAUUGGAGUCGUUCAACGUCUUGAAUUGUCGGAUGAAAUCAACCUGAUUUCGUCAGGGAAAAAUAGUCGUCGUUUAGGUCCACUUGAUCCCAUAUUGGUGGACGGUUUGUUAAGAGUAGGUGGUCGUUUGGAGAAUUCUCACCUACCGUAUGAAGCUCGCCACCAGGUUCUUCUUCCGAAUAAGAGCCCAGUUUGUGAGCUUCUGAUUCGGGACAUGCAUCUCGAAAACCUUCAUCUUGGUCCUUCAGGGUUGAUGUCUCUUAUGCGUCAACGAUUCUGGUUGAUUAACGCUAAAUCAACCAUUCGGAAGGUUUUGCGGAGAUGCGUGACUUGUUUCCGAUCUCGUCCUCGCUGCCUACAGCCUAUGAUGGGUCGCCUUCCGGAGGCUCGUGUCGUUCCCUCCGCUCCGUUUUCUCGAACCGGCGUUGACUUCGCCGGACCGGUAUUCGUGAAGGUUGGUCUCCGGAAGUUCGUUUGUGUGAAGGCCUACAUCUGUAUUUUUGUGUGUCUCGCUACCAAAGCCAUUCAUUUGGAGUUGGUUUCCGACCUGUCGUCCGCAGCGUUCGUGGCUGCUCUCCACCGUUUCGUGAGCCGCAGAGGCUUAGUUGAAGAGUUACAUUCCGAUCACGGCACAAAUUUCGUAGGUGCAAAAUCGGACCUCCAUGAACUGUUCCUGAUGUUCAGAGAUGAUCAAUCCAAGGGAAGGAUUGAUGAGUUCUGUUCUGCCCGUGAAAUUGUCUGGAAAUUCAUCCCGCCUCGCUCACCCAAUUUUGGUGGGUUGUGGGAGGCCGGGGUGAAGAGUACAAAAACCCAUUUACGAAAGGUCUUAUCUAACGCCUGUCUCACCUUCGAAGAAUUCUGUACUGUAUUGACGCAAAUUGAAGCAGUACUUAAUUCGCGUCCACUCUUCGCCAACUCGUUGGAUACCCAUGAACCGUCUGCUUUAACCCCUGGCCAUUUUCUUAUUGGCCGAGAAUUGGUCGCCAUUCCAGAGCCGACGCUUGAAGAUGCACCUGUCAACCGCUUGACCCGUUGGAAGUAUUUGCAGUCUCUUCGACAGCAAUUUUGGAAACGCUGGUCGAAUGAGUAUCUCAACACACUCCAAGCUCACUCUAAGUGGCAUAACGGUUCUCCAAACGUUACUCCUGGGCUCAUCGUGAUUAUUAAAGAAGACAACCUUCCACCGCAGUCAUGGAAAUUGGGCAGAAUUGUGAAGGUUUACCCUGGCAAGGAUUUAGUAGUAAGGGUAGUUGACGUUGAAACAUCUACUGGGGUAUACCGUCGUUCAGUAUUCAGACUCGCACCACUUCCAAUCGAAGACAACGAUCAAGCUCUCGCAUCUACAGAUCCACAGUGA